AUGUACUACGACCUCUUCCUGCCGUUCCCAACGAACACCCCCGUGAAGAAGAAGGGCAAGGGCAAAGGCAAGGGGAAUGGCAAGGCACUUGACGCUCCGGAACGCCCGUCGGACUGCUGGGCCGGUCUAUCCGGCGUCGAGCGGGACCGCGUCGCGCGCGGCGUUGCCGUCGCGGGUCAUCUCGGAUACACUGUCGUCGCGCACACUAUCACAGCGGAGCAGAGCAACCACGUCCUCCCCUGCCCCUUCGGGAGUCCCGAGACACGCCUGCUCCCAUACCCCGACCUCGACCCACGUAUGGCGGACGCCGGGCCGUCCAAUCCUUCCUUGGUGCAGGUGACGCGGUACCAUAUGCGCCUGGAUGACGGGAAGGUGCACCCCAUUACGGCCAGCAACACCUUAGCCCUGCGUGACUACGAUAUCCUCAGCUGCUACGUCGGAAGCGAUAAGGCCCUCCAGCGGGCGUGUACCGACCUCUCAGUCCCUGGGCCAAACCAACUCGCGAUCAUCACGGUACCACUGCACGAGAGACCAUACCACUUCCGCCUGAACAGCAAGCAGAUCCGCCAGGCGCACCGUAACGGCGUUGUCUUCGAGAUUCUCUAUGCUGCAGGACUAUUCCCUCCCCGUUCCACACCGCCAGAGGUCGCAAAGCAGUACAGGCAGAACUUUCUCAGCAAUGCGCGUGAGCUGGUUCGCGUCACGGGUGGGAAGGGCAUCAUCUUCUCCUCCGGUCCUGGGGGAAGCGACGAGUCGCUGCGCGGACCACUUGAUGUCGUCAACCUCGCAACCAUCCUCGGCGUGCCUGCAAACCUCGCAAAGGACGCGCUCUCACAUACAGCCAAGAGCGUCCUGCUCCGUGCACAGGCGCGCAAGACGUACAAGGCGGUCUUGGGCCAGCCACACAUCGUACCUCCGCCCGGGAUCCCCACGCAGCCCGAAGAAGCCGAACAAGAGGAGGAGGAGGACAGCGACGUGACCAUGUCCGGCAAGAGAUCUGCGCCCCAAGGCGGGCAGAACAAGAAGGCGCGCGUCGCCUAA